AACGUAUCCCAAUAUUUUCGUUGAGAAUUUUCGUUGCUGCCUGAUCAAAUUAAAUCAUGACAACUGCUGAGGGAUGUGUUUGGCUACAAAGAGAAAUAUCAAUCCCUGCGAAGAAAAGAGGCUGUCAUUUAAUAUCAGACGAAUUUACUAGAUUAGUUCCUGAAAUAGAACAAAUUCAGAUAGGACUUGCAAAUGUGCAUAUAAAGCAUACAUCAGCCAGUCUUUGUCUUAAUGAGAACUGGGACUCUGAUGUACGGGUGGACAUGGAAAGCAUGCUUAAUAAACUGAUACCAGACAGUACACCAUUCAGACACAAAUGUGAGGGGCCUGAUGACAUGCCUGCACAUAUAAAGACAGCUUUUAUAGGAACAUCCCUCAGUAUACCAAUAACAGAAGGAAAACUCAACUUAGGUACAUGGCAGGGUAUAUGGUUGUGUGAACAUCGAGAUCAUGCAGGGAAAAGAAACCUGGUUGUUACUAUGCAAGGAGCUCCAAUGAAAAAAUGAGGAUACUUGGUGUCAGAAUAAUUACAUAACUGUCAUACAUUGAUCAUCUAAAGAUCCACAGCACUUCAUUAGAUUAUCAUUACAUGAUAUUGUAUUAAAUGUAAUAACUAGAGUAAAAUCACAUUUGGAAUUUAAUGAGAAACAAAAUGGAGACUGUUUUCCUAAAAAUUUAGGAAGUUUCAGAAAACAACAUAUCUAACCUAGGAAAGACAAAUGGUUAUAUUGUUCACUUUUAGCUUGCCUACAAAGAAAGUUGUAGUAUAACUUUUCCAGCAGCAAAGGGGAGUUACAGUUUACCAAUAAACUCAAUAGCUUAUCCCUACUUUCUCCUAGGAUGACAAACAUUGUAUGGAGUUCAUUCUUGAUAAGACCUUGUCAGGCAGUCAUUGUCACUUGAAUAUAACCUUAUUAUCAAGCUCUAGUGGUCAGAUUAAUCUUUUCAGGAUAAGAUCUGUUCCUCUGUAGCUAUAUAUGAUAAGUCAACAAAAUAUGGUUUGAGAAUUAUUUGUGAGGAGUAUAUGACUGUCUGACAUACCUUAACCUUGACCCCAAUUUUAGGCUCUAGUCAGGUCCAAUUUUCAAGAUUAGGCCUGUUCAUUAGUAGCUACCUUUACAUUUUAGGUCUAAAACUUUUUUUUCUUGUUUUGUUCCUAGGUGUAUAUGCCAGUCUGACAUAUGCCAUUUAGCCUUGACCUCAAUUUCUAGCUUCAGAGGUUCAGGUAAGUAUUUAGGAUGAGAUUUGUUACACAGUAACUAUGCAUGAUAGGUCAACAAUAUAUGGUUUGUGAAUUGAUUGGAAUGAUAUGUCAUAUGGCUUUGAACUCAUUUCCAUUGGUCAUUGGGGUUUGUGGGUGAAGUGUUUUUAUGUUCUUUUUUUAUUGGUUGAAAGUGUCCUGCAUGUAUAUGUCCAUGAAUAUAUAUGAUAUGACCUGUUUGCCUUUAAAACAAUUCCAAUAUUGCUACAGGCAAGACAUUUAAGUGUUAACACUUGUUUUCAAGCUUGUCUUUAAGGAUUUAUAAUUUUAUAGUAAAAUUCAUUUGUUUUAUAUAUUCCUAAAAUUAUCUAUUUCAAAUAUUUGUAUUCUUUUUAUAUAUUUUUAUUUCUUACUUCAAAAAGCUGGUAAAUUUUCCACAGAUAAAAUUUUUCAGAUUAAUUUAAAGUCAUUAAAAUGUUUUUUUAUUUACUGCUUUCCUAAGUUUUUUGAUAAUUUAUAUGUUAUGUUUUGUAUCUUCAUUUAUUAAAAGUUCAGAAAAUGUU